UGAGGGCCUCUGUCAGACAGUCAGCGACUCGAGUUUCCUUUACCAGCUGGCACUGUCGCGUACGUCCGUUUCUCUGUAGUAUCAGUGUCGUCUCCGUUGAAUGCAAUUUUUUUUUUAAAUUCAGACGACGUAACUUUAUUUGAUCGUUUCUAUAGAAUUGACAAGUAGAGUAUACUCUUACAAACUUUUUAUCAGUUGCACGUCUCAAUGGACUCUAUUCAGACUACGGUGUCCGGAUUUUCUCUGGACCUGGGACCACUGAAAGAACCACUUGGCUUCAUCCGUGUACUAGAAUGGGUUUUUGCCAUUUUUGCCUUCGCCACCACUGGAGGUUACUCUGGGACAACUCACAUCAAGGUCAAAUGUCCUACAUCCGAAGAGACAAUCGUAAAACCUAUGUUUGGCUACCCAUUCAGGUUGUCAGCAUAUCCUUAUGAGAUGCCUACAUGUAACGGCAGUCACUUCAAUCACACCUUCCUCCAGGGAGACUUUUCCUCCUCUGCAGAGUUCUUUGUGUGUGUGGGUGUAUUUGGUUUUCUCUACUGCACUGCUACGCUGAUUCUCUACUUGGGCUACCAGCAUGUCUAUCGCCAGACUACCCGUGGUCCCUUUAUUGAUCUGGUGGUGACCGCUGCCUUCGCCUUUCUGUGGCUUGUGUCCGCUUCAGCCUGGGGCAAAGGCCUGACUGAUGUCAAAUGGGCCACAAACCCAGGCCACUUGGCGGAGGGUUGUACAUUCUGCCAACCAGGAGACUUUCCCGCCAUGGGACGCCUCAAUGCAUCAGUGAUUUUUGGAUUUUUGAAUCUGAUCCUUUGGGCAGGUAACUGCUGGUUCAUUUACAAGGAGACUUCGUUCCACAAGGAUCCCAGCCCACCUGCCACCAUGGAGGAAGGAGGGGUCCCUGGACCCUAAAGCAGAGGCUGGUUCACUGGUUCUACUAAAAGAAGGCAAUCCUCUCAGUUUCCAUUAUGAAUUUUCAUCUAGUUCUCCAUUGAUGUCACAACUGUUUUUAUUUUAUUUUUAAAGAGCUCUUUUCUCUUCAUACACACUGCAGCUAUAUUAUAAAAUGCUUACAUGUGUGGGAUUUAAACCUGGUCUUUAUAAAACAGCAGGGUGCGUUUGCUUCAAGAAAAGUUGUUUGGUUGGAAAAAUAAGUUAAUUUAUGGUGAUAUGAUGUCAAUGAAAGAUGCUCUUGAUGCAUUCAACGACACAAGUAGUCUGUAUCAUUUUUUGAAAAAAAAAAAAAAGAAAAAGGCAAAUAACCAAAUCUGCAUGAAUGCACUCCCAUUUAUUUUUCAGAUUUACGGAUCGUAAUAUACUGAUUAUGUAACAUGUACUCUAUGUAGAACAACAACUAUUUUUGUAUUUUCUCAUCUAAAGCAUCUUCGCAAAAGACCCACAGCAACUACACCUAAUAAAACUGAAUUGUGUAAGCAACAACUUCCAGAAA